CCUUUCAAUCUCUACUGCCGGGGGGUCGAACCGAAAAAGAUCCCCACCCCGACGGCUAUAAAACGAGGGAGAGCGCACUCGGCUGUCCCAACACCACAACCGCGCGCCGCGCCACACCCACAGAUCCCACCGUCGUAAAUCUUCCUACGUGCUUUGAUUGGAGGACUGCGGUGCGGGGGGAGGAAGAUGACAGUGGGAGCCGGGAUCGCGGUCCAGGAGGACGGCAGCCUGGCGGCGCUGGGGGCCACGGUCCUGACGGAGGUGCGCGACAAUGUGCUCGUCACGCCGGCCGCCGGGGGCGGCAUGCUCAACGGCGCGUUCCUCGGCGUCCGGUCGGCCCCCGCCGGCAGCCGGAGCGUCUUCCCCGUCGGGAAGCUCAGGUUCAGGUUCAAGAUGUGGUGGAUGACACAGAGGAUGGGCUCAUCGGGCCGCGACAUCCCCGUUGAGACGCAGUUCUUGAUCGUCGAGGCACCAUCUUGAUCGUCGAGGCCGCCGAUGGUGCCGGAGACGAGCAAUCUGCUGUGUACACCGUCUUCCUCCCGAUCCUGGAGGGCUCAUUCCGAGCCGUACUCCAGGGGAACGAAAAUGAUGAGCUGGAAAUUUGCUUGGAGAGUGGUGAUCCAGCUGUAGAAUCAUUUGAAGGCACCCAUCUAGUAUUAGUUUAUAGAGGGAGUACAUUGUAGCGUAUUAAAAAAUAUAUAUAUAUAAUACAAAAAAAGAAGAAAUCAGAUGGUUAGACCCGGCUGCGAUCAAUUACCCAGUUUACGCACACGUCGUAAAACCCGUUCGUGGCUUCGUCUUCCGGUCGCCUCGACAGCUCGACGGCUCGUCUCGAGUGCCAUCGUCAAACGAAUCGCCGGCUUCAGUACUGCAGCGUCUCGACCGGCUUGUUGCCACUGCGCGCGUCGGCCGACCGGCAGACUAGCCAUCCAACAUCCGAAGAAACGCUGAUCUUGAAAAGGAUAUCUUGGACAAUGUUAAUUCUGAUUGUGCCUUUAAUGACUUUGCAUCAAGAAACGCCCGAAGAAACUUUUUCUGAAGAACUAAAUUAUUAUUGUUGUCGAUGAAGUCAGAACUUUGUUUUUAUUUGAAGUAAUCAUGUCAUUUUAG